AAUACAUAAGCACGAGCAUCGAAUGAAGGAAGGAAGAAACGAACGGGCAAUUGAUUUUGUCGAGAACACCAAGGCAAGAACCUUGAAGCGUGUAUCUAAUCGCAAGCAUAUCGGUUCGAAUGUCGGUCAUCGCGUUUAAGUUUUCCCAAUAACAAUUUAAUAAAAACAAAGAAAACAUUUAUUAUCGAACGACAAUACCAAUAAAUAACAAAAUCAAAUGGAAAUGUGACAACAGUUACUAUAAAUCAAUUUAAAAAUUCAAACACCCUUCUUCAAUCUUUUACUUUUUGAUUUGUCCUCGGAAUUAAUUAGAAACAACAAUCUAUCGUUUCUUUAGUUUAUUAGUAAUAUGUUCACGUUUUAUACGCCAUUAAGAGAUCAGCAAUUCUAAGCUUUUAAACUCGUGCGUGAUACAACCAACACACAACACUCAAGGAUAGAAGAGAAGAGAAGAGUCUCUGAAGAAAUUUCUCUUUGUCGUAAUACUCGUUUCGUUUUAAAAGGCAUAUUGAGAGAAAGAGAGAGAGAGAUAGAUAGAUAGAUAAAAUAAAACAAAGAGURUGUGAGAGAGAGAGAUAGACCGCGAGUCGACCCGCGCCUGGAAACUACACUCAUGUCGAAUUAAGUGGGGGCAGUUCGGGCAAGUUUAGUUUGAAUAUCGAUUCAGUCUCGCGCAAACCACCCCCGUGUGUGCCGAUGCUUCAGCUCCACCUUUUGGGGGAGGUUUUUUUUUCCACCUCGUUUACGUCCGACGACGCUCAAAGUUAUUAUAAACAAUAGAUUCGUUUAAAGUUAGAAGAAGGGAAAGAAGGUGGUGGUGGUGGUGGUGGUGAGUGUUAACGAAAGAAAUAAUAACAUUUAAACACGAUUCUAGUUUAACAUCGUUUAAAUCAAACUCGUGUUUAUCGAGAAUAGUUGUCGAACAAAAAAAAAAAAGUAAUACAAUUUAAGCAACCCCUUUUGCAAAAAUUAUAUUUACAUAACAAGCAGUUAGAGUUUUUUUUCUAGGAUCGACAAAAUCAUCGGUCCAUGAAAUGAGACCAGUGUGUAAUCUGUAAGGGUGGUUGGUAGCAGAGGUAGAGGUGGUGAGGUGAGGUGUGGUGGUGGUGGUGGUGGUGGUUGUGGAGGGGUUGUUUGGGGAGGUUGGUAAAGAUGAUGGUGGUAGGUUCUGAAACUAGGGUUGAAGACACCGAAGGAAGAAGCUUUUAUGUCUACCGUUAAAGGGAAACCUUAGAACUUAGGAAGAGGAGACACCAGGCAGAGACAUACACACAACACAUACAUACAACACGGCGGAGGAGGUGACUCUCCGACUUAACCGCCGAUCGAACAUGUCGCGAUUUCACGAGGGACGGACGAAAUCGUGUUUCUAUUCUUGACUAAACUUUUUAUCUCAUCGAGAAAAAUUAUUGUCAUUUGUAACAAAAGUUCUUUGGAUAAAAAAAAAGGAGAGAAAGAAAAAAAAAAUACAAGGUGUUUGGUGAGAUUUUAUUUUAUCAUCGAUAAUAAACGACAUGUCUUCGAUAUCAGCUCAAGGUGUCGUUGAGAGAGCUAGCGCUGAAUUGACCAAGAGGAUCAACGGUUUGGGAUUGAGGACCUCGAAGCAUCAUGGUGGAGGGAGGACAAGCGUCAUGGAACGCGUUACCAAUGUAUUUUGCGGUGGCGGUGGGGUGGCAUAUACGAAUUUGCAAAGUGCGAACAACGUGAACGCGAUACCGGAGAAACCAAGUAGGAGCGUACCAACGUCGAUGAAUAACAUGUCAACAGGAAACAAUAAGACCUUGAACAAUGGUACAGGUAGCAGACCUAGGAUAUCACGUAACAAAUCUAAAAAUGUUAGUUUAGCGAGUGGUGGAACAGGAGGUGGAUACGUCGCACCAAACACGUGGGAACAGUUGUUGCAAGAUGAUCAUUUCCUUGGACGAUUCUUUCUUUAUUUCAAUGCCACAGAAAGAAGGAUAUUAGCACAGGUAUGCACAAGAUGGCGAGACGUAUUAUACGCGAGACCAAGAUUCUGGGCAGGUUUGAUACCAGUGGUCAGAUGCCGUGAAGCUAGAUCUAUGCCAUCCAGUUCUCGUACACGACUUUAUGCCUCAUUGGUAAGGCGAGGUUUUCAUUCGUUAGUUUUAUUGGGUGCCGCGGACGAAGAUAUACCAGAAUUAACGCACGGAUUUCCUCUUGCGCAACGAUACGUACAUUCCUUGUCAUUACGAUGCUGUGCCGUCACCGACAGGGGUCUAGAAGCUCUCUUAGAUCAUAUGCAGGCUCUUUUCGAAUUGGAACUAGCUGGUUGUAAUGAAAUCACCGAAGCCGGUCUUUGGGCAUGUUUAACACCUAGGAUAGUAUCCUUGUCCUUGUCCGAUUGCAUAAACGUAGCGGAUGAAGCAGUGGGUGCAGUUGCCCAAUUGUUACCAAGUCUUUACGAAUUUUCGCUGCAGGCUUAUCACGUAACCGAUGCCGCAUUAAGAUACUUCAGUGCAAAACAAAGUAGCGCACUUAGCAUUCUCAGGCUCCAAUCAUGUUGGGAACUUACCAAUCAGGCAGUAAUAAAUAUUGUACAUUCCUUGCCAAAUUUGACCGUAUUAUCGUUAUCUGGAUGUAGUAAAGUUACGGACGACGGUGUAGAAUUAAUAGCGGAAAAUUUGCUAAGACUACGUUCCUUAGAUUUGAGCUGGUGUUCGCGAAUUACAGAUGCAGCCUUAGAAUAUAUAGCCUGUGAUUUGAAUCACUUAGAAGAACUUACAUUAGACAGAUGCGUCCACAUAACGGAUAUUGGCGUAGGUUAUAUUUCAACAAUGGGAUCCCUAAGUGCUGUGUUCUUGAGAUGGUGUUCACAAUUAAGAGACUACGGACUUCAGCACUUAUGCAAUAUGAGAUCUUUACAAGUGCUUUCUGUAGCUGGUUGUCCAUUACUCACUAGCAGUGGUUUAUCAGGGCUGAUACAGCUUCGUCAUUUACACGAAUUGGAGCUAACCAACUGUCCAGGAACGUCGCGUGAGCUAUUUGAUUAUUUACGAGAACACUUACCACGUUGCCUAAUCAUUGAAUAAGAGGAACCGUGUGUUGUGCGGGAUAGUUGCAAUACCAACCUCUUUGAUUUCGAACGUAUGUAUGUAUGUAGUAGUAUAUAAUGGUUGCUCGAAGGUAAAAGAAAAAAAAAAAAGAAAGAGGUGCGAACUUAAAAUGACAGGAAGAAGACUUGUAUUAUUUGUAUACAGUAAACAAAAUAUGCGCAAAGCAAUACAUAAAGAGAAAGAUGAAACAAAUAAAUGAUGCAUACGAGCAAAAAGUAAGUAAAUAUAUAUAUAUAGAUAUAUAUCACCGCAAGCGAAAUGACGUCCAUAUUCUCUGAGAGCAUACUAAAUAUGUUUUUCUUCUAACGGGCAAAACAAAACAAAACCAUACAAAAAAAAGAAUAUAAAAAAAAAAUAAAUAAAAAAAAAAAAGUAAAAAUCACACGCGAUAUAAUAAAUGACAUUAAGUAUAGUAGUAUUUAGGCCUUUUUAAUACACCGAUGCCAGCAUUUAAAACUGCACUUGUCAUUCUCGUCGCGUUAUGUUUCAAAUUGUUUAUUAUUAUAGUUUUAUUAUCUUAUUAUUGUCUGCGUAAUACGUAAUAGA